AUGCAUCAUGACUGCUCACCGCCUAUAAUUCAUAGAGACAUAUCCAUAGCCAAAAUCCUUCUUGACUCUGAUUAUGAGCCACAUAUUUCUGAUUUCGGCACGUCCAAGCUUUUAAAGCUAGACUCUUCCAACUGGACCGCAAUUGCAGGCACCUUUGGUUAUAUCGCACCAGGUAACACGACCUUAGCCAAAGUGGUUGCUUUUUGGAGAUCGGAACUCUGUUUGUUCAAAAAGCUUUCUAUACCACUAAAGCUCAUUUUAAAAAAAAAUCAAAUGGCACAAUCAUUAUCUCUGAAUGUUUCCAACAGUGUUGGUGGUUCUAAUCGAGCCCCAAUACUGGUAGCAAAUGAAUAUCAUCACUGGUCACAAAGAAUGGAGAGGUACUUAAGAAGACUGGGAAGAGAUGUAUGGCGAUCCGUAGAAGAAGGACCACAUGUUCCAGUUCUUACACCAAUUCAAACCGACGGCACUGCGACCAGGCUAGGAUGA